UCAAAAUUAACUGUCACACCUCUGCCUUCUCUCUCUCUCUCUCUCUCUCUCCAAACGCAUUCGAAUCAGCAAUGGCAGGAAGAGGCAAGACCCUCGGAUCUGGAGCGGCCAAGAAAGCCACGUCCAGGAGCAGCAAGGCCGGCCUUCAGUUCCCCGUGGGCCGUAUCGCCCGUUUCCUCAAGGCCGGCAAGUAUGCCGAACGCGUCGGCGCCGGCGCUCCCGUCUACCUCGCCGCCGUCCUCGAAUACCUCGCUGCCGAGGUGCUGGAAUUGGCUGGAAAUGCGGCCAGGGACAACAAGAAGACCCGUAUUGUGCCGCGACACAUUCAGCUCGCGGUGAGGAACGAUGAAGAAUUGAGCAAGCUCCUUGGAGAUGUAACGAUUGCAAAUGGCGGUGUGAUGCCGAAUAUUCACAACCUCUUGCUUCCAAAGAAGGCCGGUGGCUCAUCGAAGCCCUCUGCUGAUGAGGAUUAGUUUACUAGGGUUCAGCACUAUUGAAUUAGGGUAUUUUUUUACUGUUUAGGUUUCAGGGUUUGUUUUCUUGUUGGGAUUGUUGUUUUAGUUGGAUUACUGGUGGGUUUAGUAAUGUGAAUAUCAAGCAAUUUUUCUGGA